AUAUCCCUCUUCUUCCUCGACCAAAAUUCAUCCAUCCCCGCUUUCAUUCCCUGAAACUCCUCCACCGCCAUGCUCCGGCGAAAACUCCAAAUGAAGGACCCAAAUCCAACUACUUGUGUACAGAACGUUAGUUAGCAAUCGAGACUGAUUGCCUUGAUGUGGUUCUGAUUUGUGCCCUUCACAACUCUCCUCUUUUUCCCAUUUUGUUUCUAAGUUGCUACAAGUUUCACUUCCCAUCUUCUUUGUCGUUUUCCCCGCUACUUGAAUAAAUCCCUCCUGAAAGCAGCCGCUGCUCUAUCACUGGAAACCUCAGCCUCCCCAUGUUCUUUAUUUACUCUGAUUUGCUCUUCUUCUUUGCAAUUGAUCUUUACCCCCACCUCUGAUUCCUAGCCUAGUUCCUGAAGUAAAUUGGAAGCGCGACGGAGCUUGAAUCGACUAGCUGGAGGGGGGAAGGGUAACAACAUGGCGGUGACAGAGCCUGAACGGCGGCCAGUUAUGCAGAGGAGAAACAAAACAUGCAGCUGAGUUUAUAAUGGUGGAUCGGAUCUGGUCUCCACUCGCCUCCUCGACUCCAAUGUAAGCAAAAAAAAAAAAUUGUCGCCAUUUGCAAUAGGAAGAAGACAAAUCGAUUGGGAGGAAGCGACGACUACUCUCCCAGGAAGUGAAAGGUUGAUUGGAGGGCAAAGAUGAAGGUUCUCAUCGAGGAUUUUUGUCUAUGAAUUUCUGGAUUUUUGGGUCUUGGUCUCUGGAUUUCUCGACUCCUAUUGAAGAGACGAAGAUCAACUGCUACUCCGUCCCUUCGACAUCAUCAAUUGCUCUCGCUGACGGUUCAACGAGUUUCAUAUGAAGAUAGUGCCAACGGCGGGUGAGUGGUGAGAACUUUAGAUGGAAUUGGGGAUGGCGGAGGUCGUCGAUGGAAUUGGGGAUCUUCUUACACAGUGGAGAGUUGCGAGGAAUACAUAUUUUGUUUUAUUUUGUUUUUGUUUAAAAAUUCAUUUUAAUUAAAAAAAUAACGUGACAUCCAUCUGUCAUCGAAGGCUGAGUUGUCAAUGAUGUGUGCGGUGAGUUGACAGCCUAGUUAGCAUACGUUAAAAUAACUGUGUAAUUGACACUAUUAAAGUUUGUAAUAAAAAUUGCUAUAUUUGCCCUGAAACCUUUGAAAUGCUAGUCAUAAGUGGAAUUUCUCUAGAAUUGGAUAUUGUUAAUUUAUUAUCACAAACAAACGCGAAAGUUUUGAUUAUACAAAUUUAUUUUGCCAAUCUUUUAUAUAAGAUUAGGCUGAGUUCAGUCCGGAUAAAUAUUGCAAUAAAAUACCCGCUCCAGUAGGGAUGACAAUCAAAUCCAUGGCUGUGGGUACCCGACCGCCCCGACCAAGUCAAAGCGGGGAAUCCCCGCUUUGACCGGGUAUGGGUAAAACCCGCAAAAAGUUUGAUGGGUAUGGGGCGGGUAUGGUUUUAGCCUCCCCCGCCCCAUAUCCAUACCCAUACCCGCCCCACCAAGAGAAUUUCUUCACAUAUAAAAAAAUAUGUGGAUUAAAUUGCAAUCUAUCAAUGAUGAUGAUGAUAACUCGAGAAAAUAAAUAGUAGAAAUAAUUGAGUAACCACCUUAAUCAAAACCUAAUUCAUUUCCCUCAAUUCUCCUUCCACUCUUUCACUUCCCCCUUGUCAACAAGAUUAUGUUAGUUAAUUAUUACUUAGUAAAUGUAUCAAGAGUUAGAGCAUAAUAAUUUAAAAAAUAUUGUAGUCUAUAUUAUGUAUUAAUGGAUGUUUUAGGAUCAUAUUCUUUUAAUCGUAUUUAGAAAAUGACCAUGUUUUGUUGACUUCAUGAUAUAAUAGGUUUGUUUAUGGUUAUAAUUAAAACUUUUCUUGUAAAUUUUAGGUAUAAUAAUGUUGGAUGUACGGAGAUAGGUAUUACCAAGGGGUACACGAAACCCACGGGUAUGGAGAUUAGUUUGCAAAACAUUCCCGCAUGAGUAUGGGGCGGGUAUGGAUUUGAGUAUUUGAAGAUGGGGUGGGGAUGAUUUAUGCAAACCCACUCCAAACCCGUCCCAUUGCCAUCCUGCGCUCCAGCCUCCAUUCCAUGUUUACUUAACCCAACAACUAGAGAAAAGUUCCCGCCAUCACCAUGUUAGCUCUCCAUGGCUGCUUCCCGAAAAGCCUAUUCCCCUACCCUAUUGGAACCCCCAAAUUGGAAACCUCGACCGUACUGUGUAAAGAUAGGAUCUUGAAGGUCAAUUGCUGCAACCCAAAUCGCCAAACUGAGAGGGGCAUCGAAUUUGAUAUUGGAGGAGCCUUCUAUCGCCAUGAAAGCUCCACAGGGCGCGACUUGGGCAUUUUGGCCGCUUCGGUUUACAGGCAAUCGAAAGGCGGCCUACGAGUGCUUGAUGCGAUGUGCGGGUGCGGAAUCCGGUCGUGUCGGUACUUAAUGGAAGCGGAGGCGGAUUUCGUGUUGGCGAACGAUGCAAAUGACGAGUACAGGGAUUUGAUUGUGGGGAAUUUGAAGCAAGUGGAGAGAGACGAGACGAGAUGGGUCGUUUGUCACUCCGAAGCGAAUCGAGUUUUGACAGAGCGUUAUUUGCAGAGAGAUUUUUUCGACUUGAUCGAUAUCGAUUCGUUUGGCAGCGAAUCCAUGUUCCUCAGGUCUGCAAUGCUGGCUUUGAGAUUGGGCGGAUUGCUUUAUCUCACCAAUACUGAUGGCUACUCCUCUGGCGGUCACCGGCCUCGCCAUUCAUUGGACGCAUAUGGAGCAUUUGUUCGUCCUCUGCCAUUUGCGAAUGAGAUUGGUUUGCGAAUGCUUAUUGGAGGGGCGGUGAGGGAAGCGGCAGUUUUAGGCUAUCAUGUUACGCCAUUGUUCUCUUACUAUGCGUACCAUGGACCAGUUUUCAGGGUCAUGCUCAGAAUGAACCGUCCGAAGAUUCUCGAGAAUAGGGACUAUGGUUUCAUCGGUUACUGCAACCGCUGUGGCCAUUCUCAAGCAUUUUCGUGGGAGGAGCUUGGCAAGAUUGGUUGCUCUUGCUGUAACUCAGAGGGAUCUCGGCAGGGAUUUGUUGUGUCUGGACCAUUAUGGAUAGGCCCUCUCCAUAGUUCCGACCACAUCACACAAAUGCUGGACUUAGCAGCAGAAUGGGGAUGGGUGGGAAAUGGAGCAGGAGUUGAACUUGAAAAGCUUUUGAAACAUAUGUUGGAUGAAAGUGACCCAAGGUUACCACCGGGAUACAUCAAACUGGACGAGAUGACAAGACGAGCAAAAAUGAAUGGCCCUCCAUUGAGGAUGUUGAUGCGCACCUUGCAGGAGAUGGGAUAUGCUGCUAGCAGGUCACACAUUGCUUCUAGCGCCAUCAAAACCGACUGUGGAAUGGCAGUCCUCACCAAGCUUGCUAAGGAGCUCGUGAGCAUCCCACAGAGUUAAUGAAUUGGACAGUUUGCUUUCGAACUCGUGAGCCUUGAACAAGGCAAGAUUAGUUGGAAUUAUUAUGAUUGUUUAUGUGAAGACUACAUACAUUUGACAAGAUAUAUGGAGAAGAAUAUGACCACAGUGAUCAUAGUAGUCGUCAACUAACAUAUGUGGCAUGGCCAAAGAGAAGCUUUCCAUGGCCAUCUAGCUUUGUUUCAGUUUUAUUCACUAACUAGAAUCAAUACCAGCGGCGUAGAGUUGUGGCAGCAUGAUUGUAUUGUGGUCAGUUUAGGUAAUGGCAAACUGGAGACUGUUGUGCUACUGGCAAUUGUGUGAGUUUAAAUUUCUUUUUGAUGAAUGUGUGAGUUUAAAUUUAAGCGGGCUAGAAAUGUAUAAAAUUGUUUCUGAAAU